AUGAAGAUGGUAUCUCUUCUAGCAGAGAUAGUGCUUGUGAUUCCUCACAGUUACGCGGGACAGGAGAGAUUAUUUAGUGUUGUUCAUAAGAACAAAACAGACAGUAGGUCGUCAUUGAAAUUGGACGGGUCCCUUUCAAGUAACCUCGCAAUGAAGUGCCAUAAUCCAGAAGCAGUUACACCAUGCUAUAAAUGGCAACCAGAUGAAGAUCCCCUCAGAAGUCCAAAAAAGCAACAAAAGUGUACAAUGACAAACAUAAGAAACAAACUGUGCUAACUUUAUUUGAUUCAGAUUCAAUUUGUUGUCUUUGGAAUUUGAACUUAGCUGUUGGGAAUUAAUUAUUCCAGUUUUUAAUAAAGUCUCCCUGUUUUGGAUAAAAUCUCCAGGUUUUUUAAGGGCUGAAAAGCAAAAUCUCCCUGUUUUAAAUUUUUAAGGUUGACGGGUCUGAAGUUCUCUAACCUAGCUUGUUUAAUUAGUUCAACUCAAAUGUGGUAUUGUCAUUGAUGUGUCCAAAUGACCAAAUAAAGCACUGGCUUUAUUUAUACUUACACUACAAAGCUAGGCAGUUUCAGUAUGAGAAGUCUUUGGUAUCAGAAUGCCAAGCAUCCCUAUUUAAAUGCUACACAAUUUUCCAGGUAGUGCCAAACUUUCAUGGGUUGACAACCCAUGAAUAUGCACUUCCUAGGCUAGAUGAUGUCUCUUUCAAGGGUUGUUGUGGAAAAGUUAAUUCCUUGUUCCAAAAAAACUGAUAUGAAAUUAAUAUUGAUGUCUGUAAUGUUAUUAAUUUCCAGGGCUCAAAAUAAUGGCAGAUCACAAGUUAAUUAAGUAUUCAGUUGAAAGGUUUUUGAAACAAGUAUGCUUGUAUGCAGUAAAUUGUGCACAGCAAAGCAAGCUUAUUUUUUAUUACAGCAGCAUUUCAGAAACUAUAUAUAUACAGUAGAAAACAAAUCAUAAAUAGUUCCAUUUAUUCAAAUAAUUUUAAGCUUCAUCUGAUUAAGGUUAAGAUGACACAUUUUUCUGACACAAGGAUAUAUCAGCUUAAAAGUAUUUGGAACAAAUAAGUUUGCAAUCAUGCAAGAUCAUGCAGUGGAUUGUGCAUAGCGAAGCAAGCAUGUUGAAUUCAUGGCAACAUCACUUUGGCAACUCAAAUUCCAUUUGAAUUUAGAAAUCAUAGUUCCAUAUGCCUAUUUAUUCAAAUAAUAUUAAGCUUCAACUGAUUAAGGUAUUAAAGAUGAAACAUCUUCAAAAUCUGUCAGCAUACGAUGACACAUCUUUCUGACACAAGAGUAUAUCAGCUUAAAAGUAUUUGGAACAAAUAAAUUCUGGUUUAUAUGCAGUAAAUUGUGCACAGCAAGAGAAGCAUAUUAUUUAUCGCAACAUCAUGUUAGCAAACCCAAUUCAAAAACAGAUAGUUAAUAGUUUAAUAGUAAUUCCAAAACUUGCAGCUAUGCAGCUGAAUUAUGAUGGAUAAAAAAUUACAAUUUUAAUAUAAAUAAAUAUAUAUACAACCAAGCUAAUAUUAAGAUUAAACUACGAAUUACGACUAUAGCAUUAGGAAUACUAAUUUAGAAAUGUUAAGAUUGUUAAGAUAAGGUUCGAACUUGAUAUCGACCUGCGCUAGCUAUUACAAAAGAGUUUUUAAACCGGUUCGUUUUGCAUCUUGGUAACCUAAAUACUCACUUGUUCCAUAGGUUAUAUUGGCAUUCACUGAUCAUAGGUGGUAGUAAAGCGUGAAGUUUAUGGUCUGUUUAUUUAAUACAGUAUCCUAUAAGUUGAUUAGAGAGCUUUCUGCCAUUAUUUUGAACCAUGUACUUUGUAAAACGUCGAGAUGAAGUUGCAGAGACUGACAUAAACCUACCCCUACCCUUCCUGACUGCUUUCAACACACCUGUUAAUGACUGAGUUACUGUAGUUAUUUACUUACUGUACCUUUUCCAGGACUAUGAAGAUUCUUUAAAAUAAACACAUGAUGAGAUGACAUAUCCUACCGGUGUUGGUGCUGUCACAACGUCUACUGGCUUUUUGAGGUUGUUUAGAUUCAAUCCAUCAUAAUCAUACCAAUGUCCAUCACUCUGAACCCUCCAAGUAAAGUGAAGACCAUUCCAGAAUGUACGUCCUCCAAUGUAAUAUUCCGUAUUGUUGAUGGUAAACUUUGACAGUAGCUCCUUGGGAUGUUAUAGUUUGCCAGCAUUUACCAAGUGACAGCACUGAGAUUGUUCCCAAACAUGGUCUUCCAGAACCAGAUAAGUUCCCCUUCUCUAAUCACAGCUGUUUCAGGUGCAGGAGCAUCAAACGUUACACUGCAAGCAUGUGGGGGCUGGUCUAACAAGUGCUAUAAUACUAUUUUAAAUGGGUUAUUUGCUCCCAAUUCAAAAGCGGAAUUGAGAAGACUAAUGGAUGCACUCUUUAUAAGCUUUUCUUUCUGUAGACAGUGAUCUGAGUUGCAUGUUGAGAUGAACUUGCUUGACAAGCAUGGGCAAUACCAUAUCUUGCUCAUAUCUUGAGGAGAACGAAAUGUCGCAUUUUGGAAAUUGACGUAACCAGUGCAUCUUGCCUCUAGCAAAGUCCUUAUUGUUUCAGGUGUUGGUAACCAUAGUGUUGUGUCAAAGUUGAUGAAUUGAUGACAUAAAUUAAUUAUUGAACCUUGGUGCCUAUUUGUAAUAGUAUCCUAGAAACAAAACUUUGUUUAAUAUUAACUACUGAAUUAAUUUCUUUAAUAUGUUGACUAAAUAUUACAUAGUGCAAAUUGUUCUCAUCAUAUAAAAACAACAAUUGUGCACCAUAUUCUAAUGCUGCAUGCCAACACAGCAUUCGAGGCGCAUCAAUCAACGAUGUUCAAGUGAGUGUUUGCGCACACCUUACAUGAUAUGGUACGCAUACAAAUUGAUACAAUAAGUGGCUUCUUUAUAGGAAAACAUUCAUUUUUUCCCAUCAGACGUUAAAUGGGUCAAACUUGAAGACUUGCGAGACGAUGAAGGUCGCCAAGUAUUGCAUCGCCAUUUCUUUGCCGGGGUGAAGACGUUAUUUAUCACUGGCACAACAGAUGUUAUGUUCUCGACGCUUGGAGUAAGUAAGGCAUUCGAAUCAGUGCUAUUGUUGUCCCUAUUCAACUAUGAUUUAUUUGUUUCAUUUUUUGGUGUUAGCGACUGUUGACCACUAAACCUGACUGACUGACCUCGCCUAUGGUAAACCUUCCUCGCCGGUAAUGCCCGCAGCUUUUUUGCAACUCUGGUCUGAAGACAAUGACAGUAUUCGAGAUCAUGCAGGAUUGGCAAUUAAAUGGGCAAGGGAUGUAAUAUUUAAAGGACAACAUGAACUCCAAGCAAAGGAAUCUGUUGGCGAAGAAUCGCAAGUCAUUUAUGCCAGUAAAUCAGAUGCAAUGUCAGUCAUAUCUCUUUUAGGAGAAGACAGGAAGCAGCCUGAUAAAAGUUACAGAUUUUAUGUUUAUGAACAUGUCGUUCCUUUUUUAUUUUUUUUCAUAUUUUCGUCAAAAAUCGUUUAAGACCAAUCAAUAUUGUAAGGGAAAAGGGAGCAUUUUGAAGUAUUGCCUAUACCAAAUGUCAGUAAAUAAAGAACUGAGAGAUAGAUGGAAUGAACUUACACCCAAUUCAGAUAUGUGAGCAUCAGUUGUUAUGCAACAAGUGGUCACUUUUUUCAGUAAAUCCAAGCAACAAAUUUUUUGGGAAAAAGAAGGUCUGAAACGAGUGUUUCUUUACGACAGCAAAUCAGGCAACCAGAAAAAAGGCUCAGCCUUGUCCUACUCAGAUGAAUGAACAUGUAGAAACCUUGAGAAGAAAUUUCACAAGUUCUGAUUUGAAUGUGUUCUUGGUACAUCUUCAAACUUUGGCCCAGUCUGAACAAGAGCAUACAUUGAAGAAUCUCCAAGGGAAAGAACUAGCAAAAAUUUUGAAGGCUUUGGGGCAGCCUGCGUUUAUGGAAAAGAGAAAAGAAAAACAAAUAAAUACCCAUCUUGAGGCAGCAAAGGGAGGUCUGGUAUGUGCUAAGUUUCCUGAUGAGGUAUGCAUUUAA